GGCGAGAUGAGGUAAUCUCUGGUAAUUAGCCUUCAAACAGUAUAUUUGGUCUUUUGAAGAGGAUGAGUUUCAUGUAAGAUUAGAAUACGCAAAGAAGUAAAAUUGUUUAAAAAGUUCUUUGCAAAAUUUCAACGUUUUAAUUUUUUGAUUCUUUUUUCUCGUAGCUUGAAACACUUGAAGAGAUGUACAGUGAAAUCCUGGUGGAAGUCGGAUCCAAAGAUUCAAGAAAGUCUACAGAGAAAAACAGUCAACGAACAGCAGAUAUUCGAGGUAUGCUGUUUUUGGUGGUUGUCAUUUCUGUUUGGAAUCCUGGCUUGUCUAUAGUUAAUAAAAUAGCUGUUUGGUGGACUAGCUGUAGAAUCGCUGCAGUUGCCGUAGAUUUUUUAUCUCCGAAUCUGUUUUUAUCUCACAGUAUCAACAAUUUUAAUUAGAUGGAUCAUUUUAUUAUUCAUUAACUUUAUUGGUGGUUUUAAGAGUCUGCUCAGUGUCACUUAAAAUAUAUAUUACCUUUUUUUGCGGGCCAUGCUUUCGACGCCUUUAGUCUCGACUCUUUUGUGAAGCCGUUUAAGUUCUCGGUUUUUGCCUCGCACGUCAUAUGCAGAAAACAGUCUUGGUUUUCUGCAUGGUUUGCGCAAAGAAAGACCUUCCUUUCUGUUUGUUUUUAUUAUGAUUUGUUUGUGUGUUCAGUUUUUUGAUAGAUCUUUCUUAACAACAACGACCCAUGGCGAGCAACAGUUUCUGUAAAUCGUGAACACCGAUUUAAAUGCGCUUGUUUCUGUGUCGACUUAGAUGUUCAGUUAGUUUAGCCUGCGUAGUAAGCGUUUUCGCCUCGGCCUUGAUAUACUGAAUAUUGACCUCACUCUCGGUUAAUGAGUAGUAUUUAUUAUAUUGCUUGUUCUUUAUUUUGAUCUUUCAGGAAGCUUGGCUGCUUAUAAGAAACAAAGGAACAAAGAUAUCAAGUAAGAUAUAAAUUUGCGAUAUACUGCACAAAUUAGGGCAAAGAAGAACACUAACAACUGAGCUGUCCUCUAUUUUAUUUUGAAAUGCCGCAUCCAUAAUGUAACGUAAAGAGAGUCUAGCCGCCGGGAUGGACAAUGAUUGAACAAGCAAUUGGCCCGUCGUUACAUCCGUAGGAUGCUCGGUCUGUCUGUAACCAGUCAUGCAUGGAUUGGUAGACCAGGUUGAGGGCCUGUUUACAUGGAGUGGGGGACCCCGGUCUAGUGGGGUUGGUUUCUUUUGUUUUCACGCUCUGGGGAACACAAAACAAAAGAAACCUACCCCACUAGACCGGGGUCCCCCACUCCAUAUAUACAGGCCCUGAGAGUACUUUGCAAUACCUUAAAUGAACUAAUAGAUGCCCUCUUUUAAACACUUCAAGAAAUCCUCCUAUAUUUCUUAUAAAUAGGACAUAUUCUGGUGUCUGCACUGUGAAGCAAUUUACAAAAUCAAAAUUCUUUAUCAGUAAAAGUAGAAAUUUUUUAAUUUUUUUAAAAUUCUUUUCCUAUAAAGAGGCAAUAUUUUGACAGAAAAUUCCUAUAUUUUCCUAUAUUUUGAACUUGAACAGCCUAUUUAUCCUAUAGAAUUUUCCAAAAAGCGGCUUGGUGCCUGCUUGUCUCAUAAACGCCUGAUGCGCUUUUACGUUUGUAUUAGACGCCUCUCUGUAAUAAACGCCCCGCAUGACAGUCGUUCCAGUAGUGAAAGAGUGGAAUAGUGAAAUACCGGUAGAUCGAAAUCAGUCAAUUGAUUCAUUGUCUUGUUUCAUUAACACGAGUUUGCGCAUUGCAUUUUGUGUAAUGUCAAGUUCAAAGUAAGGAUUCUGACAUGGAAGUUCAGCUUUAUAAAACGAAAUGGAUCUCUACAUGGCUUAGAAAUAUUAAUGAGUGGACUGGAUAGUUUGCUAUUUAUAUACUGUGCUGACGUAUUGGCUGAAAGCAUAUUGGGUUCGUGGAGUUUGUUACCGUUAUAAAUGAAAAUGAAUGCCUCUCUCUUUUAAACGCCUAUUAUCUAUUAAACGUCACCGCUCUAGUAGACUACGAGCAGUCUCUAUUUUUCCUUGUUCCGUCAAGCAAAACGCGCGAGACACGCUACUAACCACGCGCGUGACUGAAGUCACGAGAAGGGAGAGGCGCCCUCGCUUCUCUCAUCUCGCGGCUUCCGCGCGCGGGCACUCCCCUGCUUAAAUCUAACGGAAAAGAGAGACUGUCGCAGUCUACCGCUAUAGGUAGUCUCUUUCCUAGCCGCUCGGUCACAGUCACGCAAUGCUCCCCGCGUUCGUGCCCCGGCCCGAGUGGCUGCGAAGGCCGGAGACUACUGCUUGGAAUCGAAACAUUAAAUAGACGCACGGGGCGUCUAUUAGAUCAUUAACGAUAUACAGCUUUGUUUUGUUCACUCGUGAAUAUUAUCGUUGAGUGCACAGUUCAUAGUUGAAAGAUUUCUUCAUGACAUUUUUUUCUCCCUGCUCUUUUCAAACAGGGCAGUUAACAAACGAUUCAGCCGCUUAGAGUCUCAUGUAGUAACCUUAGCCAGAAGUGUGGCGCAUUUGUCUUCAGAAUUACGCUCCCAAGCCUCAAUAAGCCAAGAUAUGGAUGACAUGAGAAGACAAGUGAAUGCUCAACAAUACAAGCCUGAGGAAGACAGUGAUCCUGCUAAGGAAAGUGCUAUGCUUCAGUCACGCGUUAAGAAACUCAGAAGGUGCGUCUUAACCAUCGAAUUGCAAAAUUCGCAUUCGAUCUUAGGUUCCUACGAGGACGUUGUUUUGGGAUGUCACGCAUUUUGCUCAAGAGGUGUCGUUGCGUGACCAGCCGAAAGAACGUUUAAGCUAGGUGUGUGUAACGAAUAUUUUGAUUAUUCAUCACAUGAUAUGUCUUCGGGGGGAGAAAUAGUCUGCGAGCAAGCUCACCAAUUUGUGCUAGCGAAAUGAGCCUCGCGAGAACGCGCGAGCGAGGGGCCCUCCUCUGCCCGUCGCGGCUUCGCCGCUCGCUCGCGCGUUCUCGCGAGACUCGCUUCACUCUCCCAAAUAGGAGAGCUUGCUCGCAAGCUAACAACAACAACUGAAAAAUUAAAUAAAAAUAAAGACGAAGGUUAGUAACAACCAUUUUGUGGCCAGUCGCCCAAAUGAGGGUUCAACGCUCAUCCAAACUUUGGCAAAAUAGGUUACCCAGAUAAGUUGAAUACAGGUUUGACCUGUGCACGCAUAUCCUACCACCGAUGUUCUUUUUAGUGCCAAUUCCAUGUAAAGAACCUACACGCUACAAGUUUUAAUGAAGUUGUGAAAGAAGUACAUAAAACUGCUAUUGAUUGGUUGAUUUUUUCAUUCAAUGCAGUUUUUUUGGCGAGGACCCUCCACUCCUGGCAAUCUUCCUGAAGAAGCUUGGAUAUGAGGUAACAUAAUUUACGAACAUUCCUUUUAUGUAACGCGUUCGUAGUUAACGAGGAAGGUUUUUAUUGCAUUCGCCGUUCAUGCAACAGUGUCUGUUACUCGUCUGCAACUUUUACUCUAAACUUGUCCAUUCUUUUUUACCUUUAGUAAUCAUAAAGAUUUAGUGAUUUUGGUCCAAGAACAUCGAAUUGCAAAUUCAGACCUUUUAAUCAUAGUUAACGACAAAUUGUCAAAUUAUUUAGCAAUUAAUGAAGGAGGCUGAGUAGGAUAUAUAACAAUUGUUCACCUCAGUGUCGGUGGCUAGUGGUGGUAUAUAUAUAGGCCGCGAAGCGCCGAGGUAAUUAUCCACCACUAGCCACCGACACUGAGGUGAAUAAUUGUUUUAGUACAUACUAAAACAGUGAGAUAAUUUAGCACCAAAAUGAUGAUUUUAACUCAUUUACUGUUGCCAACGAUUACAAUUUUGGCGCGCAAUGACCGAACGGCUGCGUCUUCGCUUUUUCUUGCCGACAAACAAAACGUUUGAAGGCAUUUGUUUAGCUCUUUCGGGGAAAUUUCUUCAAAAGGAGUUGUGAAUUCUUUUGGUAUUUAAAAUCAUUCAAUAAAAAGACCCUCCCAACGUCAUCCUCAUCCUUUGGCAUUUUAAGGGCCCCCAUAUUCCAUCCAAAAAAAAUUAAAGGCCCCUCAAUUUCUCCUCCACCCCCCCUUCAACUUAAAUUAUGACUGUUCCCUUAAAAGGGCUGUUCAGGUCUGCAAAUAUACUCUAAAAAGCAGGUAUUAUCCAUCGAGUUGUCUUCUUGCUAUGUUUUUUUCGACAAUAGUUCAUUGUGAAACGAGUAAAAUGUUCCGCCGACUGUUCGGCCAUCUAUUUUUCUUUUCUUAAGCAAAACAACUCAACCUCGUCCCCAGGUCGUCUCGGUUAACGAUGCAUCAACCUGCAACUGUGUUGCACUUUUGACGUCAUCGGUUGUUUAAUCGCAAAAUUCUUCCAAAUUUGGUCAACAGUAUCUGGUUAUGGUGAAUUAUGCGUGUGCUUUUAGCCAAUCAGAAACGGAGAAAUAUCUUGAAUUAAUAGUAAUGUCAAUUAUUUCUAGUGACCCUUUGUGGAUUAACAGUUACAUGGUACAAAACCACUUUGCCUGGAGAGUAGGAGAAUCAUGGGGGAAAGAAAAUGAAGAAAUUACGUUACUGAGAAGCUUAAUUUCCCCUCUUGCCAAUGUUCCACUGUUCGCCAGCGAGGAGUUUUAAUUCCAUGUGACUGUUUAACGAUAAGGGCCUAUUUAUGUUGUUUUUUUCUGUCGCGACUGUUUGAUGAGUAUUUGAAUUGGUUUUCUCAUUAUUAAAGAUAGAUUUUUCGUUCUUUUUUUUUUUGGUAACAGAGAUUUGCGGAUAAUUUCGAGGCAGAGCAAGUUGGUAUAUUAGAAAUGUCCUACAUGACGGAAGAACGACUGCAGAGUUUAGGAAUUCCACUGGGGCCGAGAUUAAGAAUUAUGGAGGAAGUCAAGAAAUUAUCUUCCCAUUUAGCCAGUGUAUAGCCUGUCUCGAGAUUAUAUCUCUAUUUUUGGAAGAGCAAGAUAUGCCCAUCCUGUCCUCUCGUAAACGCUGUCUAUUCACUCAGACUAAGAAGACUAAGAAGAUUUUGUUUAGUUUGUUUCUAAAUGAAAUGUGUGCAGUAGCAAGAUUUUAUAAAUAUCGUGAUUUUUUUUACACAGUUGAACCUCUCCACAACAGCCACCUUGGGGACAGGAGAAAGUGGCCAUUGUAGAGAGCUUUAAACAAGAGCCAAUGUAUGAACUGUCCGCCAAAAAAAUGGCCGUUGUAGAGAGGUAACCGUUAGUGUAGGUUCGACUGUAGUUGCUUUGAACAAAACCUCAGUCUAGGUUUCCAGAUUAAAGACCAGAUCGCGUUACCGUUUUCAUUUGGCAAAGUUUUCGACAUGCUUUUGAGGUUCCGAGAAAACGCAUAGCCAAUCAAAAUUCAAGAUGUUUUGAAGGCGGAGUCGUGCAGUUGAAAGGUUUUAUUUCCGGAUGAUACGAGAAACGGGGAAUGGGAAAAUGAAAAAUGGGAACUAAACUGAGAAUGGCUAAGAAAGUCACUGAUAGGUUUUCAUUUUUUUAUUUCUCCUUUCUCCGACUCUGUUUAAGUAACACAAUUUUAUCCCUUUCCUUUGAAGCUGCACUAUUCCGCCUCCAAACGAACAGAGUUUUUUCUUAGUUGUGUAUUAUAUGGAACCCUUGAAAGUUCUAAAAAUGAUGGGAAACGUGACAAGAUUUCAGACUUGUUAGUACAUUAGUUUGUAAAAACGGAAGUCAAACUUAGACUGUUCAUAGUGCAACUUGUAAAAUUAAUGUGCACUUUAAAGGUUGUCUUUUGUUUAUGAAGUAUUUAUAAUUGGCUAGUUUUGCUCUAAGUUUUGGGAAGGCCAGCUGAAUAUUCUGUAAAAUAGUGUACUGAAGUCAUUUGAAUAUGAAAAUUGGAGUAUUAACUUAGGGAACCCCCGGAAAACUGAUAUUUUUUACAAGAACAUAGAUACAUUAAGAAACUAAACACGACGAGCAAGCCGCAGAAUUAUUGCUUCUGGAAAUUCCGUUGGUAAACGGGAAAUCAGAAAGAUCUGUUUUAGCCCCUAAAAAUGGGGCCGCUUCGAUGAGUGCUGUUUUAAUCAGGGCCAAUACAGUCCAAUCACCUUGUGCUGAUUUGGACCCAAGGGCUGAAAUGAGUUUGCUUCGCAGAUUGGGGUGAAACAGAUCCUUUUAAUUUUCAGUCUACUAAUGUGAUAAAGCAAAAUAUUUAAAACGAAGAAAAUGGAAGGUACUCCCUACUGCAUAAAUUUUCUGUCGAAACAACUGUUCCAUUUGAAUUUUCAUAAAAAAAAACCUUUUCUCGUAACCUGAAGUAAAAACGACUCGACGUAAUCGUCUAAAAAUUCAUUAGGCUACCUUUUCUCGUAGAAAGGGAACGCGCUCCAUUGAAGUCGCUAAGCGUUCGCUGUAGGUGGCUAGAAAUAAGUUUGUAAAUAGUUUUCAGAUGAUAGUGCGGAUGCGUACUUAAGUAAGUCCUUACUUAUAGGAAUUAACUAUUUAAUAAUUGAGAUUUAUUACGCUGUUUACUGGUUAGAUAUAUGCAUGUUACGAC